CCCCUCCCCGCAGGCGCUGGCGGCCGCUCGGCACCGAGGCCGCGGCCGCUCGCCAUGGCCGCCCCCCCGCCGCUGCCACCACCCUUCUCCCGCCGGCCCCCGCCGCUUCCCGCCGCCCUACUCUUCGUCCUAAUCCUGGCUGGGGCUCUCGGCAGAGCCCGUGCUUUGACAUGUUUGUGCUCCGACUGCAAACAAGCAAACUCCACGUGUGAAACGGACGGUGCGUGCAUGGUCUCAGUCUUCAACCUGGAUGGUGUUAAACAUCACGUUCGGACCUGCAUUCCUGAAGCAAAAUUGAUUCCUGCUGGGAAACCCUUCUAUUGUCUGAGUUCAGAAGAUCUGCGUAAUACUCACUGCUGCUACUCUGAUUUUUGCAACAAAAUUGAUUUAAUGGUUCCCAGUGGACACCUGAAAGAUAACGAACCCCCAUCGAGCUGGGGUCCUGUGGAGCUGGUGGCAGUGAUUGCCGGACCUGUCUUCCUUGUGUUUGUUGUCAUGAUCAUAGUAGUCUUUGUUUUUCAUCACCACCAACGAGUCUAUCACAAUCGUCAGCGGCUGGACAUGGAAGACCCCUCUUGUGAAAUGUGCCUGUCGAAGGAUAAGACCUUGCAAGAUCUAGUCUACGAUCUCUCCACCUCUGGCUCUGGCUCAGGUUUGCCGCUUUUUGUCCAACGGACUGUGGCUCGGACGAUUGUCCUUCAGGAGAUAAUUGGUAAAGGCCGCUUCGGGGAAGUGUGGCGUGGCAGGUGGCGUGGAGGUGACGUAGCUGUAAAAAUCUUCUCUUCACGUGAGGAGCGUUCCUGGUUUAGGGAAGCAGAAAUAUACCAAACCGUUAUGUUGCGACAUGAGAACAUCCUGGGAUUUAUUGCUGCGGAUAACAAAGAUAAUGGAACAUGGACUCAGCUGUGGCUCGUCUCUGAUUACCAUGAGCAUGGAUCUCUCUUUGACUACCUUAAUCGAUACACGGUGACUAUUGAGGGGAUGAUCAAGCUCGCCCUGUCUGCUGCUAGCGGGCUGGCCCAUCUACACAUGGAGAUUGUGGGCACUCAGGGAAAGCCUGGGAUUGCUCACAGAGACCUGAAAUCCAAAAACAUCUUGGUGAAGAAGAAUGGCACAUGUGCCAUCGCUGACCUUGGUCUGGCCGUCCGGCAUGAUUCGGUUACGGAUACGAUUGAUAUUGCACCAAAUCAAAGGGUCGGAACCAAACGAUACAUGGCCCCUGAAGUCUUGGAUGAAACCAUUAACAUGAAGCAUUUUGAUUCAUUUAAAUGUGCCGAUAUCUAUGCCUUGGGCUUGGUCUACUGGGAGAUUGCUCGAAGGUGCAAUGCAGGAGGUAUCCACGAAGAGUAUCAGCUUCCGUACUAUGACCUUGUACCCUCUGAUCCUUCUAUUGAGGAGAUGCGGAAGGUCGUAUGUGAUCAGAAAUUACGGCCUAAUAUCCCGAACUGGUGGCAAAGCUACGAGGCACUACGGGUGAUGGGUAAGAUGAUGCGAGAGUGCUGGUACGCCAACGGAGCGGCUCGACUCACCGCCCUCCGCAUUAAGAAAACCCUCUCACAGCUCAGUGUCCAGGAAGAUGUGAAAAUCUAGGCUCUGAGCCCCAGCAGGAGGAAACUGCACACAAGCUGCCAUGCUAGAGUAGACGUGUGAUGGAGGCCUACCUCGUGUUUCUGCCCAAUCUACUGCUACCAACCAGACAGCGUGACCUACAGGCUGCUAGGUGGGGUGACGGAGCCUAUUGAAUUGCUCUCUUCCCUGCUUGGGUAUGAAACAAUCAGAAACCUUUUAUGAUCACCUCCUGACAGCGUGAAGACUUGAGAGGGACUUAACCUGAGGGAUCUCAGCCAUGAUUGUAACUCUUGUUUCUUUAAUGGAAAUCCCUGUAAAGUUCAGUGCACGCGGUGCACCCGUUGGCAGUGUUUGAGGCCAGGGUGCUAGGUGCUGGGAGUGGGAAGGGAAAGGGAAGGUUUUCUUGCCGUACUCUGAGGAUUUUUCCAGGGACUGGCACGUUAAUGCAGAAAAAGCAUUUGCAAAACAAAUGGUGCUCCCUUCUGAGAGGCUGAGCCUGAACAGUUUAUCAGCUUCAUGAAACCUUUUCCCUCCUUUUUCUUAAGCUUGAAAAAUUCUAAGUCAAAAACAGAAAUCUGACUGGCUGUCAGUGUGCGCAAUGGUGUAUGCAUGCGCAAGGUGCGCGUGUCCCCUGUGCCUGUUCAUCUCCUUCCGUAGACGUGCAGUGUCUGCCCGUAGGGUGGCUCAUCUCUGUUCGUGCUUUCUGUGCAUGUGCAAAUCUAGAGUGUCCUUUUUUUGAGCUGUGCGCGCUGGUGCUCUCCUUGUUGAGUAGUGAGCAUUGUCUAGCUUGGACAGGCUGCUUAAAACAAGAUCCUUAGCUCUCCGAUGGGUGCUGUGGCCUUGCUGUCCAUAUGCCGGCUGCAGGAACUUCCCAUCAGGUUGCCUCACUGCCACCCCCUCCCUUUUUUAAGACAAAACAAAUGAGGAACUGACUUCACUCCUGGAAUCCAGGUUUUUUGUCUUGAGCCCCUGGGAUUUGUAAUUCUUGGUAGAGUGGAAAGAGAGACCUGGGGCGGGGGGAGAUGCCACGGAGCUGAGAUGCAUGUCAGAGAUAGAGCAGGCACUGCGCCAGGCUGGAAGGAGACCAGGCCAUGGGGAAAUGCAGGAGACUGUUCUCAUAGGAAUGCCAAUUCCCGAGUCCACCAUCCAGGCACCCUCGCAGGCACGCUCAGCAGCGUGGGGCCUGAGCUGCAGGGAGCUGGGUGCCUGGGUGUGCCCUGCACCUCCCGAGAGGCAUUUGGUGCCUGGCAGGAUCUGACAGCGGGGUGUGGGUUUGGAAAUCAAUGUCCAUCUUUUUAAUAUACAUAUAUAAAUAUCUCAUAAUCUGGAAGUGGCUGUGUAUAACUUGUGGGGUGGGGGGAACUGCAUGAAUUUUCUUUUGAUUAAAUGCCGAAUCAGGGUGAAGUAGAGUUGCUUUGACUGUUGUCUACAGCUGGGCCUAGCAAAAAUGGAAGUAGCUGAGGGCUGAGUCUGUCGUGCUGAUUGCAGCAUUAAAGGCAGUCUGGGAAGUGCCGUUUGUUUGGUGGUUAGGUCAGUAUCUACGGUAUAUAACUCUGAAGCCAUAACUUUUAACUGGAGUGGUUUUGAUUAUUUUUUUUUUUAUUAUUAUUAUUUUAUGGGAGGGUCUGGAUUUUAACUUUUUUUAAUAUUGUUAAUUCUUUAUAAGAGAAGAAAAACAAUCUAUAAUUAUUACCUCUUGACCUGUUUGUUUGUAAAGAAAUCACUGCAAAAAAAGAAAAAAAACCAAAUGCACACAGCUCGAUUUACACUGGAACUGUUUCUACUCAAACCUUGCGCCUGCUCUGUAAGGUGAGGUUUCAUCUCUGCUCCGGCCACCGGGGUUAACUUUUUUUUUUUUUUUAAACACUCUGUUCUUGCUGUCUGUGUAUCUGUCCAUGUGUCCGUCUUCCCCCAGACUCCCUAUCUUGUCUGUGACUUUGUGUAAAGUGAGGAGUGUGUUUUUUGCAUCGUGUUUGGAGCCAUUUUGCAUCCUCCCGCAGAGUUUAGCGGUUGGGUGGUGCAGAGCUGUUGUGGGAGGGCCAGCAGACUUCGGGCUGGUUCAUGGAGCAGUGUGGAGUGUACGCUUUGUGAAUGUACAGCUUCCCUUCCCUUUCCGAUUUGUUCUGACUCAUGUCUCAGCCAGAGGUUACCCUGUGUGUCUCCAGUACCGUACGUCCCUUAACCAAACCCUUCUGCAUUUAGAAACCCGAGGUGGUGGGCACUUCACAGGUACCCUAAAGACUCUUCAGCUGCUGUAACAGGACCCUGGCGAUGGCCCAUCCUGGCGGGUUGGGGAGGAAGUCUUAGCGACUGUGAAAUAAACUGCCAUAGGAAAGCCCAUCACGCCGGUAGGUACGUCUGCUGCGCGCUCCUCCGUGAGCACUGCGGGCUCUUGUUUCCGAGUACGAGUCUCCCGUCCCUGUUAACUGUGCAGGCUGCUUCUCGAGGACAUUAAAUCAGCUACGUAACUUGCACUGACUCUCUCACCCACCCCUCCAACUGUAGCCACACAUGCAUCUGCCUCAGCGCUAAACCAAACAGCAGACAGCGGAGCGGUGUCAGACCGGAUAAGGUUAGAAGGGGUGAGGGCAGGGCGACAGGGUAUCCCCUAUAAGCAGGAUUGCAGAAGAAGCCUUGUUUGUAGAGAGAUGCCAUCAUGAGAUGGUCAAAACCGAGGAGGAGAAUCCGAGAUGGGAACGCUGACUAUGUAGCAUUUAUACAGCACUUUUCAUGCAAACAUGUGCCAGGGAGGUGCAGUGCUUACUUAGCUGACUGGUAGCAAACAUAGGAAUCGCUGCCCGGCUCAGAGGGAGCUGCAGCAGCUGUGGAAAAAAAUGCAACACUACAGACAGUUCAGGACAAGAGACCGACGCCGCAGCAGUUCAAAACGAGGAGGGGAGAUGUCAGAUACUCGAGGGCAAAUGGUGUUGGGGGGAGGCAGAGGUACGGAGCUUGUGCUUCUCGUCUGUGGUGCAGGGUUAAUCAGUGGUACGCUGGCUUCAGAACAGAUCUCUUGGUACUUAUCUGCCCCUUUUAUUUGUUUGGUUUUGUAUAUUUUAUUAGAAACGGACUGUAAAAUAGCCACUUAGACACUUUACCUCUUCAGUAUGCAAAUGUAAAUACAAUGUAAUAUAGGAAAUCUUUUGUUUAAUAUAAAACAAGGCUGUCGAUUUCUGCUGUACAUUAUUAAAAGUUUGUUUUAUUCA